GACUUCCCUGGCUCAUGGUGGGAGAAGGUCGAGCGAGGGCCGCGACCCCCCGCUCCCGGCCCGGGCCCCGCUCCCGGUCCGGCUCUGCAGAGCAGCGCGGCUCGUGCGGCACUGGCAGCGGCGGCGCUCUGGUCCCAGCCCCGCCUGGUGCCGGCCGAGGGGCGGAGAGCGGCGGCGCCGCCCGGGCCGCUCGCGUUGUCAGGGCGCCGGCCGCGGGGCGGGGCUUGCGGCUCUCCGGCGUCCCCGUUCAGCCGCGUUCUCCGCGGCCCCUCGCGCCAUUCGGAGCGUGGCGCCCCGAGGACCUGGCUGCCCCUUUCCCAGGGUCUCCGGCUGGAAGCGGGGCAGAGAGGUGGGCGCGUAGGGGAGCGCCCUGGUCACUUUCCGGAUGCUGUGGCCACCCUGCGAGCGCAGACGGGGUGGAGCCCUGUGUCAGGGCAGGUUGCCGAGGCCGGCAGCUGCGGAAGGAGGCUGGGCGCCCCUGGUCCCGCCGCUCCUCGGCCCCACUUUCCCCAUCUCCGGGGCGGACCACCGCUUUCCUUCCCGGUCGGCGUGCCGCCAUAAUGGAGCCCGCGCCCUCUCGCGGCCGUACUGCGCGUCGCAGCUCUUGGCGUCCGAGCGUGCCGGGCUGCGUGGACCACCGUCACCCGCGCGCUUGCAUCCCUCGAUUCUUAGCGGGUGUACGUCCCCCAGUACGGCAAAGCCCGGCUCGGGAGAGACAGGAGCCUAGCAGGACUGUGUUGCUCUACCCAGCAGUGGACUGAAACAGAUGCAGAUAUCCACAGCAAACAUUAGAUGGAGGUCAGAGACUCUUAUGGAA